AUGGCGGACGACACAUCGUUGAAAUUAGGGCAAAUAUUUUCCUCUUUUGAAGAGGUCAAAGCUGCGAUCAGUCGCUAUGAAAAGAAGAAUUAUGUCAAUUUGUAUGUAAGUGACUCCAGAACGAUUUCUUCGACAAUUAAAAGAACGCCAAGCAAGGUUAUCAAAGCUGAGUUGCAGUACUCCCACAUCAAUUACGCUUGCGUUGCUGGUGGCAGAACGUUCAAAUCGAAGUCAAAAGGAACAAGACCGAAUCAAAGGUUAGUUUUUUCUUUAAAAUUCUCAAUGUAAAGUUGUUACCUUUGUCUAAGGAUUUUUGAUCGUUUGUUGAUAGCACGUUUAGAAAGGAUUGCAAUAUGGAAGUGAAGUUGAGAGCAACAAAAGAUUGUAACUUUCUGGAAGUGGCUGUCCUCAAUGAGACCCAUAAUCACGAAUGCGACGAGGUAUGUUGUGUCUAGAUUUAAUUUGGUUUAUACUGAAAUUUGCUGUUAUUUGUUGUUGAUAAUCCAAUGUAAUUUUCAGCUUUUCAUUGUCAAAUUGUGACAUUUAUAGGCCUAGCAGCCCUAGCUCAAUUGCUAGGGUGAAUAGCAAUGUGACUGAAUACAAGUCUUUUAAGCCCCCAAGUCAAUUUGUUCCCAAAUUGAUUUGACCCAAGUUGAUUCGCCUAAAGCCAUUUUGUGCCCCCAAGUAAUAAGAUGUCAAAGUAGUUUUGUCUCCUGAUAAUCACAGCCCAGGGAAUUGUGUCAUUUCUCUAUUGUAAAAAAAAUAAUUAGCACAUUGGUCACUGCAUCCUGAUAAUAGUAAGUGUGUUAAGACAUCCGAAGGGGGUGGAGUAUGGAUAAAAAUGUUUAUUGCUUUAUUUGAUAAGUUGGGGUUUUUUUUGGGGGGAGGGGGUGGACAACUUUCACAUCUAAUGACUUGGAGGCGGAAUAACUUUGGUAUCGAAUGACUUUGAAUCGACUUGGGGGUGAAACGACCGGAUACCAUGUGAUCAGCAACAAACAUGACAUUACUGGGUGAUGUGUGUGGGGUAAAAUAAAUAGGCCACCAUGGUCUUAGAUACUGUAGGUAGAGAAGUAUUAUGAGAAAAUUGAAAAAAAAAUUCAAGUCAAAUGCCCCAGGUAAUAGAUCUCUAUUAUAAUAUUUGUGGUGUUACUCUGAGUGUAUAUCCACACCGGGCGAGCUUGAAAAAUAUGCCCGGCCACGGUGGGAUCCCACCGUGGCCGGGCAUAUUUUUCAAGCUCGCCCGGUGUGGAUAUACACUCAGAGUAACACCACAAAUAUCAUAUUCACCUGAGUACACUACACCAACACAGAAAAAAAAAAAAAAAGAUCUCUAUUAUUUUAAGGUAUCGUUUAAGCACUUCCCAAAGCAAAGAAGACUAGGUAAUGAAACAUUGAGCAAGACGGACAAAUUGUUGAAGAUGAAGUGCAACAAAAAAGUUUUGCAGAAUCAUUUGCAAACGAUAAGUGGGAAAGUAGUGACGUGUCGUGACAUAUCAAACAUGAAAGCAAAAUUGUCGUCUAGCAAGUCUAAUCGAAAUGACAUUGAAAAGCUUGUGAAGAAGCUUCGGGAGAAUGAAGGUAUGCUUUGAUCUACUGUAGCUUGCCAGCAGGCUCUCAAGGUGAAAUGAGAGCCUGCACUGUUGACAAACAAUUUUGCAAGAGACACACCACUGAAGCACAAUAUUCAUGUGAUAACAAAUUUAUUUUUUCAUGUAUAUUGCUACAUGGGCGUACUGGGCGGGGGGAGGGGGCGGCAGCCCCCCAGUUUGUUGGGCAAACAAAGCCAGUCGGGCAAUAUUCGCUUCAUAGUCAGGCAAUAUUGUGGGAAAUUUUGUGGGAAAUAUGCUAUCUAAUAGGAAUUUUUCGUAAUCACUCACCCCCUCCCCCCCCGGUCAACCCGCUCUUCCAUUGCUCUAUAUGGCUACAGUGUUAUACUGCAUUAGAUCUAGCGUUGGCCCACAAAAAACAAAAUUUGAAAUCAAGUACAUGAACUAUUAAAACAUUAACUUAAAGAUGCCCAGGUUUUUUUGGCAAGGCAACUUGCCCAAUCGGGCAGGCAAGAUAAAAUGUUCACUUGCCCGUCAUGAUAUCCACUUACCCCAGGCAAGUAUUAAGUUACACCUCUGCAAUUAAUUAAGACUUCUAUAGGCAUUAAGUAUUCUGUGUUGUGUACCCUACAUUGGUAUUAUUAAGUUAAUGAAUUUCUUACAGUAGAUAUGCACCGAUGUUACAUACUGGUACCCUAGAGAAUCUAUGUACAGCUAUAUGUGCUAAACAUAGGCCUGUGUAUGGUUUGCACUUUGCAGUACAGCUUUUAUAUAUCUACAAUUAAAUUGCAGGUGAAGAAGUAAGAAUAUCUGUUUGUCUAUUCAGAGUGAGACAGAUGUUAUCUGUUUGUCUGUUCAGAAUGAGGCAGUGCUAUCAAUCAUUCUAUUUGUAUAUAAAAUGAAUGGAAAUGAAUGAUAGAUGGUGAAUAGCAUUGAAGAUUAUUUGAGUGUUGCCGUUUGCACUCAUUCCACAGGGACCAACUCAACAAAAGCCAUGGCAGUCAUGUUAAUUGGUGUUCCAGAAAAGUCUAAUUAACCCAUUGAGUCGCAUUGCACCCUGAUGCACCCUACUUUAGUAUUUUACUCUGUCUAACGCCAGACGAUUUUACUCGUCAAGGGGAGAGCGCUGGCGCUUAAUGGAUUAAAAUUAUUUUGAAUUGGAACACCAACAUGGCGGCUGUGAAGUCAUGUGCAGACAUUCUGUAAUUAAUUAAGAACUUUCUUUUUAGGUGCUACUGCAGAAGUUGUCGUGGAUGAAGAGAACAACCUGUUGGGUAUAUAUUAUCAAGAUAAACCAAUGAAGAUUGCAUAUGAUUCGUUUCCAGAGAUGCUGUUUAUCGAUGCCACAUACAAACUGAAUGAACUCAAAAUGCCUCUGUAUAUAAUGCUUGGGGAAGACGGUAACGGAGAAAGCGAGAUCUUCUGCACAUUCAUUGUCUCCAAUGAAGAAAAGCCAACCAUUCAGAAAAUGGUCCAGAUCUUUAAAAAUCAUAAUCCGACAUGGACAGAGACUAAAACAGUCAUGACUGACAAAGAUUUUGUUGAAAGACAAGUCUUCAAAGAGGAGUUCCCUAAUGUCCAUUUGUCCAUAUGCCUCUUCCAUUCACAGAGAUCUUUCAGAAGGGAGGUAACAACAGAUAAAAUGGGCAUAACCCCGGAAGAACGGAACCUGUGUUUAGAAAUAUUCCAAAAGAUGUCAUAUGCCAAGAAUGAGGAAGAGUACCAAAGCUUGUACGCUGAUUUAGAGAAAGCGAGUGUCCCCAGUGUCUUGGAAUACUUCAAAAGUAACUGGCAUGAAAACCACCGGGAGUGGGUUGAGGGUCUCAAGUCAGCAAACUUGACAUUCCUUAACCGAACUAACAACAGGUAAGUAACUGCCCUUUCCUAGCGGGAGGGAGGGGGCUUUUGUCCUUUUAGCACCCUUUGGACAAAUCUGGCUAACGCUUAACAAAAAAAUACUUGUGGUUCCAGUUCCCAACGACCCUAUUUUUUUCAGGGUUUUUUUUUUGCCUAACAGUGACUUUUACUUAGCUAGUAUACUGUAAUGGUUCUUUCCUUGAAGUUAAAAAUCUCUUUAGAUUAGAAUCCCUGAAUCAAAAGAUCAAGACAGUGUGUACCAGGAAUACUGGCCUUGACCAAUUUUACGAGGAACUUUUAGUGGUGUUUCAGUCCAUCAGGACCACACGUGACCACAGGGCAAUAACAUUUUUGCAAAAACGACCUGUUUGUCUCUAUGCUGAAGGUACAGCGGAAGCCCGAUACAUGACACUUUUGCAUUUGGACACCCCUUAUGCAUUUGGCUAUGUUGUUCAACAGCUACAAUUGGCUACUAAAGUUAAAAACGUGCACAGAAAGGAGUUGGGAAUCACUGAUGAUUUUGAAGUUGAUGCAUCAUCCGGCAAAUUAACUGUUUCAGACUGUCAUUGUGACUGUGCAUUCUUCACAGUAAUGAUGCUCCCUUGCCGGCACAUCUUUGCAGUUCGCAGUAUUUUGAAGAAGGAUGCUUUUGAUUUGUCUAUCUGUGCUACAAGAUGGACAGUGGCUUACUACAAGUCUAAACAUCAUGUCCUCAAGAGCCGGGGACAUGAGUUUAGUUCAACUCCAGAUGAAAUGUCUCCAAUAUGUGUUCAGCAACCGGCAACAAAAAAGAUCAUGUCACAGCAUGAGAAGUACAGGAAAACCUUUGCAACAUGCCAAGCUUUGGCAACAUGUGCAUCAGAAUUUCCUAUGCGAGAAUUCCACCAAAAGAAUGCUAUUUUGGAAAUGAUAUUGGCAGCAUGGAGAAAUGGUGAAGAAAUUGCUGUGCAAAGAGUUGUGCAGGACGACAAUGAGGGUAUGCUGUUGCAUAGUUAAUAGAAUAGAUGGUUGGAAACUCAUUAGAAUCUCAUUAUCUAUUUUUGGUGUUGCCAAAUCCACUAUUGGUUAGUUGGGCAAAAAUACAAUAGGCAUGUGACCGUGAACGACUAGAUUUAUGAAUAAAGGUUGACUAACAUAAAUAAUGAGUUUCCAAACCAUCUAUUCUACUACUGUGGCUAUUGUUCCACAGGGUGUUAGCUACAGUACAAUAAAAAAUUAUUUAAACACAGUUUUAAUAGAGCUAUAUUAUAAAUAUUCAAUUACAGUAAUUCCCCCCAAUUUCAGUUAAACAAGGAUUUUUUUUAUUUUUGGCUAACAACUGGCUCCACUGCCCUGAAAUUACUCCAACAUUGGUAAAUUCAGAAAAAAAAUGAGAUAAGUCACACAGUCAAGUAACACAGUCAAGUAUUACUGAAUCACAGCAUCACUCCAAUAUUGGUAAAACAAAAACCAUGAGUUCAAUGAGUGGGUGGACAUAUAAUUAAACAGAUUUUUUCCAUUUUUAGAAAAUGUAGAAAUCCAACCAGACAAGAGUGUCCCAUUAGCUGAUGUGAAUACAACUCAACCACAAGGUACAGUAGGUUUGCAUCUUUUUCACACAUACAAUGUGCUCCACUUUCACAAAGAAAAGGUCAGCAAGAUACAUAUGUUGUACUUUUCCAGCAGUUUGUAGUCAGAUCAAAAUCCCUCCUGUUAUGCCCAAACGUGGACGUCCAAAAGGAGCUGACCUAACAGUCAUUGGAAUACCAAGAAAAAGGAAGGAGAAGAAGAGUUCUGGAAAGGAUAAGCCAACACCUUUUAUGAAAAAGCAUGCUACUGAUAAAGAUAAAGGUAAGAGAUUGGGAAAAAAACCCAGUAUUAUAAUAGUAAAAAUAUCUAUGAACUAAACUAGUUUGUAAAAUAUUAAUAAUUAUUAUUUUUAUAUGCUUAGUUAUGUUGUCAUGGUUAUUGUCAAAGGAUGAUGUUACUUCAGCUUUGAGUGGUGGUAUUAUCGACGAAACUGCUGUUGAAGUCCGACCAGAAAAGGUGCACCCUGGUUUAAUCGAUGAAAAUGUGAAUGUGUCAAGGCUCAGACCUUACUUCAACAAAGAUGCCUGGUUAUUGGUUAACCAGAUAAUUGCACAAGUGAGACAAGAUCCAACUUGGCUUUGCAAUGUGUGCAAAUGUGAUGUCGAAGAAGAUUGUGUGUCAUGUGACAGUUGUUUAAAUUGGUUUCAUUUUGAAUGUGUGACACUGAAGAAUGCACCAAAGGCAAAAUAUUGGUUUUGCAGGAAAUGUCAUAGUUUAUGCAAAAAUAAAUAG